GCGGGACGAGGGCAUGCUCGAUUGCAAGGCAGGACUCGAGGUGGAGCCGGUGCACAUGGGCACGCGCAGGGGGAUGACGGAGGAGCAGAUUGCCCAGCAGGUUGCGCUUAUUAUGCGCGAUCCCAUCGGGGCUUCCGCACCGCCCUUUGCUGAUGCCGUUUUUGGUCGACGUGCUUGCAUUUUCCAUCCCUACCCCAGGGAGGAUGACUUAGAUAAGGAGUCGAUACCCGAGGCAGCAGAUGACUCUGCACUCUGCAUUCCCCACGAGAGCGAUGAGACGCGCGACGAUCCGGAUGAUGAGGAGACGAGGACACACACCGCACGACAGGUGGCGGACCGGACGGAUGGGGACAUGUUGGGGGGAGACAAGGAUUUUUGGGGCCUUUUCGGGGAGGUGACUUCCACGGGUGAUGUGCGCGAUGCUAGAGACAGGGGCUCGCAUGCAGGCACGAGCUACACAGAGGCGUGGAUGAUGAUUCUUGCUUCGACAAGGCAAGAGUUGUCCAUGUUGCCACCUCCAGCUCCGAGUCUUGCACCACCAUCGCCAGUCUCGCUAUAUGAGCAGGCGACGGCAGCGGCGGACACGGAGGAGUUGGCAUCCUCCUUGCCUCAGCACGGAGUUUUGCAGAGAUCUGGGGUGAUCCGCCGGCUGAGGUUACGAUUACCUUCCCCAGGGAUGUUGCAAGAGGAGGGGGUACCAUCAGCAGCACCAGUGGAGGGGGAGGUAGCAGCAGUGGAGGGGGACGUAGUAGCAGCAGCAGCGGCAGCAGUGGAGGGGGAGGUGGCAUCAAUGGAGGAGGAGAUAACAACAGCGGCGGCGGAGGAGGCACCAUCAGCAGCAGCAGUGGAGGGGGAGGUGGCAGCAACAAAGGAGGAGAUAGUCGCAGCGACACAGUUCAUCACGAAGGAGCUUGAUCCGGUCGUGGCGAGUAUCACCCCGGGUGUGGCGAGGGGGUUGGGGAUGUCGGAUUCGGAGAUGGGGACCCACUUCGACAUUGACAUGUCGACGGGCGUUCCCCCUAGUUGUGGCGGGGCAACAACGACGGAUCAGGCGCCAUCGAGGGACGAGGCGGCAAGCGAGACGGGGACACAGACCCCAAGAGACAGGACGACGCCAGAGUCUCCAGAUGCAGCACGCGACAUCAUGGAGCAAGAGAGGGCUCGGCUGAUGGCAUCCAGUGACCCGCGUGCUCAGGCAUUCGCACGGGCUUUGGAGGAGCGAAGGCAUCGAGAGACAGGGAGAGAUGGUUGGCAGGGUGGGGCAGUGGUGGGGGAGGAUGCUAUGGAGGUCGUGGCACCAGAGGUGGAGGAGGGUAUGGAGAGUGGGUCACAGCCAGUGGAUGAGGCUAUGGAGGGUGGAGAGGGGCGCUCCGGGGGCCCUGGAGACACACCGGCGGCAGCUCAUGAGACACAGUCUGGUCUAGUUGUCCCAUUCUGGGGCCUGCACUUAGUUGAGGCCCAACGGUCGCAACCAGCUGAAAUGGCAGUGCAUGGUGUGCCACCUGUUAUCAUCGAGGAUUUGGGGUCUGAGCCGAUGGUUGUGCGUCCAAUUCCUCGGCGACCGGCUCCGCAGGAGGUCGAUCAUCCAUUGGAUGUCGAGGAGUUGGCAGUGGCCUCUGUGCGAGAUGUGACUCAACUGGACCGACGGGUAUUUAACCUUAAGCUCGACCAGCCCCAUUGGCAGAGGAUUCCUUCGGUUCCAUGGGGCCCUGCGUCGCGAGUGUGGUCCGGGUCUACCUCCAGCGGAGGGCCGAGCAGGGCAGAUGUUCCAAGGGUUUCAGGGGGCCUGCAGGAGAGAGGGCCAGGUACAGGAGACAUGCCACCCCCUCCUCCUAGACCAUGUGAGGGUGAUCCAUCGUCGUCGCCCACAGCCCGAGGCUCUCCAUCCCCACACAUGCCUGUGAGAUCGAGGGUUCGUGACACGACAGCGGUCGGGCGUGAUGUGCGCGACACGACGUUGUACAGGAGGACCAACAUAGAUAUCGAUUCCACCUGCCGUGUCACUGAGCGCACUGCUCGCCUUCAGCAGGGGUUGGGUCACCACGGCGCCAGGACGACCGCAGCGAAGGAGGUUGCAGCAACGGGUUGUGAGCCUCAGCGAGGUCGAGGCAUAGAAGAGUCCACCUCGACCUUGGACCACGCUUUGAGAGCAGCGACGCGUGCAGUGCAUGAGCAGACUCCAAGCAAGAGUGGAGUGCCUCGUCCACGCCCCGUGCCUGCACAGGGAGGCACUGCACUUGGAGAGUCUUCGGGGGCGGAGGAGUUGGGGAUGUCUCCUGGAUCCUGCUGUCAGCAGACGGUCUCACAGGCUAGUGCAAGGGUUGUUGUGUUGAGGAAGGCAGGCGGCCCUGUCACCAUCGAGGAGGAGGAUCCUGAGACGACACCGGCAGUGUGGGAGGAUGAUGAGGACUAUGAGGGUGAGGAGGACGAUGAGGAGGAGGAGAGUGAGAGCGGUCACAACGAUGACGACGACGACGAGGAGGAUGAGUCCCCACCCCCCCCACCGACGCAUGCUUCGAGACGUUCUUUUGCGCAGACAUCGCCAUUCGCACGACGGAAAGGGAGGUCGACAUCCGGCACUCGUGGGGGUACGAGGAGGCAUAGCGGGAAGGGGAAGAGGGGUUGAUGACCAUGAUGCCAACAGUCCGCUUUCCGCUACUUGCACGCAACUU